AUGAAAAGAACAAAAUAUAGAAGUUCUAAUGAUUAUAAAAAAAUUAAAAAAGAUGUAUAUAUAAGUUCAAAAAGAAAAAAAAAUGAUAGCGAUGAAAUUAGUGAAGUGGAUUAUGAAGAAGGAAUUAAAUAUCGUGAAAGUUACAAGCAUAAAAAAAUGGAAUACCAUAAUGUGGAUAACAAUAAUAUGUGUUCUAAUUUAGAAAAAAAAGGAAAAGAGAAUAUCAUUUCAUUACAUAGUAACAAAAUAGAUUAUAAUACAAAUGAUAUUUAUUCUUUAAACCCUACAAACAAUGUAAAUAGAAAUAGUAUUGAUGGAAAUAUAAAUAAAAUUAAUUAUGAUAAUAAAAAUAAUAUACAAAAUUUCAGUCAUAAUAAUAUUCAUAUUAUUCCAAUAAAUAAUAUAAAAACUACUAGUUGUAAUAAUGUAAAAGUGUUAAAUCAUAAUUUAAAUAAUAGAGGAUCAUUAAAUAAUAAUAUGAAUCUCUAUACAAACUCAUUAAUUAAAAUAAAUUAUGAAGGUGGGAGUAAUAAAGAAAAAGAGAUAAAAAAUUUAAAUGAAAUAGAUUCAUCAAAAAUAAGUAAUUUGCUUAUUCCAGAAGAUAAAUUCUUAGAAGAAAAAAAUAAUGAGUUAAUAAAUAAAUUUUAUGGAAAUAUAAAAAUAAAAAAACCUAAUAAUAGUUUAAUCAAUGUUAAUUUUGAUACAAUUACAAAAAAAAUAAAUACAGAUAUUAAAUUAUUGGAGAAUUUAGAUAUGCUAAAAUUACAAGAAUCAGAAAAUUUAGAUGAUUCUCUAAAAACUCCUUGUAUUAGUUCAAUAAUAAAUGAUAAAAAAAAAAAUUUAGAAAUAUAUGAAUUUUGGAAAUUCCCUUUGGAAAUUUUUGACAAAUAUAUUUUUAAAAAUAAAAAUCAUGAUUAUGAAAAAUGGAUAUCUAACUGUAGAACUUUAUUUAUUUUAGGUUUACCAUUUCAAUUAAAUGAAUAUUAUAUGUUGCAUAGUAUAAUAGAUAUAUAUUAUAAUAAUAAAAAUUAUGAUAGUAUAUUGGAUAUAAUAGAUUUAAACAAUGAGGAUACUAUAUAUAAUAAUGUGCAAUUAUAUUGUACUUUUCAGCAAAGUAAAAGAAAAUAUAUAAUGUUGGCUGAAAAAUUAGGAAUUUUAAAGUUUGAAUUAUUAUUUGGAAAUGAAUUUUAUUCAGCAAAAAAUGAGUUACUAUCUACAUAUCUUAAUUUGAAGUAUAGGGAAUUUUAUAAAAUUAAUUGUAAUAGUGGUGCAAUGGGAUUAUUACAUUUUAAAAAUGAAAGAUUUGCAAGAGAAUUUUGGAUAACAUAUUCAAAUUAUUCAUCUUGUUUUUAUGAAAAACAUAUUAAAGUAAUCCCUGAUAUUAAUGGUUUGAAAAUAUUUUUAGAAGCUUCUGUUUUUUAUUUAACCCCUGAAAGUUUUAUUACACAAAUAAAUUAUAAUGAAUUGAAUGUUGUUUUAAGUAAUAUACAAAAAAAAAAUAUUAGUACUAUCAAUUUAAUUAAUGAGAUGAAAAUCUGUUAUAAUCAGAAAAACAUAUGGAAUCUUAUAUUUCAAAAUAUAAGCAUUGAAGAAUUUCGUAAUAAAAACAAAAAAGAACAAAAUGAAACAAGAAAAGUGGAUGAUAGAAAUAUUAACUUAGAAGAUCAAUUGAUUAAUUUUCCUUUUUUAUGUAAUUCAAGUAAUAACUUAUUAAUUCAUAUAUAUGACACUCAUAUUAAUAGAUUUUUAAUUUCUAGUGGAUUAUGUUUACUCGCAUGCCCCUAUUUAGAUGAAGAAGCAGGAAAUAGAAUGGCUGAAUUUUUUAAAAAAUUUUAUUUACUAGAUUGGUUCCACUAUGAUAUGGAUAAAACUUGCUAUUUUUAUAUUUUUAAAACAGUUUUAAAUGUUUUUUGUAUAUUUAAAAGAAACUUUAAAACAUGUUCUGAUUAUAUUGUUUGUUCUGUCUUUUUAAAGCUUCCUUUUGGUAUUAUUCCAGCUAUAUAUAUCAAUUUUUCAACCAAUUUAAAAGACAAAAAUGUAAAAGAGAAAAAUAAUAUUAAAUGUUACGAUAAUGAAUCAUUUAUAAGUAAUAUAAAUAAAAAAUUUUCAACAUUUAAUAUAAGCAAUAGUAAUAUUAUGAAUAAUGCCGGUAACAAUUUAAAACAACUAAAAAGUUCUCCUGAUGUGAAUACUGUAAUUCCAAGGAAAAUAAUAAAUAGCAUAAAUUCAAUAGAAAAUAUCAAUUUAGAAAAUAAAAAUAUACAAAAUAAUUGUUCAAAAAGUAAAGUUUUCAAAAUGAACAAUUUUAAUUUAUAUAAUAAAAAAAGUAAUGAGAAUACCGAUAUUAUUACUUCUAAAAAGAAAAAUGAUAGUGAUAACGUUAAUUUAAUUGAUUCUAGUAAGAAUAAUUAUAAAGAUAAAAUAAUAUCAAAUAUUGCUUAUAAAAAAUUAAAUAACAAUGAUGAUAAUAAUAACAGCGGUUGUAAUAAUAGUAAUAAUAAUAAUAAAGAUAAUAACAAUAAUAAUAAUAAUAAUAAAGAUAAUAGUAAUAAUAAUAAUAAUAACAAUAAUAAUAAUAAUAAUAAAGAUAAUAGUAAUAAUAAUAAUAAUGAUAAUAAUAAUAAUAAUAAUAAUAAUAAUAAUAAUAAUAAUAAUAAUAAUAAUAAUAAUAAUAAUAAUAAUAAUGAUAAUGAAAAUUGUAGUAUUCAUGGAAAAAAUGAAAAAGUAAAAAGUGCUAUGAGUAGUCUUGGAACAUAUAAUAAUACACAAAAUAUUGAUUCAGUAUCUGAUGGCAUUAAAAUUAAAAAUAAUAAUGAAGUACAGAGUAAUUGUGAAUUUAAUGUAAAUAAUUCUAAAAAUUAUUUAAAUAUGGAAAAUAAUAAUAAUGAAAAAGAAUGUGACUCUUAUAAAAAAAUAGUUGAAGAUAUUAAUGACCACAUAUUUGCUAAUAAAAUAGAUAAUCGAAAUAAUAAUAGUAAUACUGGAGGAAAUUUUAAAAAACAAAAUAUAAUAAAUCCUGAGACUUUAAUAAAAAAAAAUGAGGAUACGAGAAAUAAAAUGAAUUCAAAGAAAAAUAAAAAAAUUGUAAAUAUUAAAAAAAAUAGAAAAGAGGUACAAAAAAGUAAUAAAGAUGAUAUUGAUUUAAAAAUAAUAGAAAAAGAAGAUAUAUCUAUAAAUAAUGUGAAAAGUGAAACGAAAACUGAAAAAAACUUUAUUAAUGAGAAUUAUCAUAAUAAUAGUAUUUCUGAAAAUAUUAAAAAAAAAAAUGUUAAAAGAAAAAGAAUAAAAAAAAAAAUAUAA